GCUCGGAGCUCCUGAAACGGCACUGAAGCUCAACUCUUUCACCAAUACACAAAACCACCUGCUUCUGCGGAUCCAAAAACUGCAACCUGGUCUCAUGGGUAAGACGUACCUCUGCACACUUUUUGCAGCGCCACUAAAUACGUUCUAGCAGGUACAUAUUUCUACAGUUUUACGACACGAAAGUCCACUGGGGGCGCUAAAGAGAAGACCUCUGUGUGACACAUCGAUGACGGUCGACUCCACAUACAACACGAUUGAGCGUCAGAGAGAUGCCGGGAAACACACAGAAAUUGUGCCCCGGGUGCAACACCCUGAUAAGUGUUGCAUUCAAGACAUGCCCACUUUGCAAACAACUCCAGCCGUACAAAACAAAAGUUGCAAAAAAGAGAUGCAACUUUCAAAAUAAGAAGGCUGAAUGGAAGAAGUCAAUCGAGAAAAACAACAACAGGACAGUUGUACUUAAUAGCUGCCAUGUAAUGCUUGACAAACUUGCUGCCCUUGAUUUCUUCCCCAUACUACUUUUGGGAAAGAAAUUAAAGGGAAAGUUGGUGGCCGAUGCCAUCCUUGGAGGGGAUUACGUUUUGGAUCCCGAUUUGUUUCAGAGGGUUAAAUUGAUGUAUGAAGCAGUGCUAAAGAUUCAUUGUCAAAGACAGAAGAAGGCCACAAGUAGCACAGAAACUACUGACCCUCCAGAAGCUACUUCCACCAGCCCUCCAGAAGCUACUGCCACCAGCCCUCCAGAAGCUACUGCCAUCAGCCCUCCAGAAGCUACUGCCAUCAGCCCUCCAGAAGCUACUGCCACCAGCCCUCCAGAAGCUACUGCCACCAGCCCUCCAGAAGCUGCUGCCACCUACCCCCCAGAAGCUGCUGCCACCAGCCCCCCAGAAGCUGCUGCCACCAGCCCCCCAGAAGCCGCUGCCACCAACCCCCCAGAAGCCGCUCCCACCAGCCCCCCAGAAGCUGCUGCCCCCAUUCCCCCAGAAGCUGCUGCCACCAGCCCCCCAGAAGCCGCUCCCACCUGCCCCCCAGAAGCUGCUGCCACCAACCCCCCAGAAGCCGCUACCACCAGCCCCCCAGAAGCUGCUGCCCCCAUUCCCCCAGAAGCUGCUGCCACCAGCCCCCCAGAAGCCGCUCCCACCAGCCCCCAAGAAGCUACUGCCACCAGCCCUCCAGAAACCACUGCCACCAGCCCCCCAGAAGCCACCAGCCCUCCAGAAGCCACUGCCACCAGCCCCCAAGAAGCCACCAGCCCUCCAGAAGCCACUGCCACCAGCCCCCAAGAAGCCACCAGCCCUCCAGAAGCCACUGCCACGAGCCCCCCAGAAGCUACCGGUAUUGAUAUCACAGGCUCAUCAGAAGCCACAAGACCCCAGGCCCAGAAGGCCAAAAAUAGACCAAGAAAUGAAGUACACUAUCCAGUCCAACAGAUGGAAGCCAGCAAGAAAAAGAAAAAGUAUGAGUGUCCAGAAUGCUGUAGGAGAGUGAGCCAAAACAACUUUGAUUACUCCAAGGUUUUGAAAAAAAGAGUGAGAGAGGGAACAGAGGAGGUCCUCAUUCGUUGGGUUCCAUGCAAGACCAGAUCUGAAAGUGGUCGGGAUGUGAAUACAUUUCAGAAUGUUAUUGGAAUAUGCAUUUGUGUUGGGGCUUGGUUGGCAGCCAGAGAGAAUUCCCACAAAUCCUGCAAGAAGGUUUAUGAGGAGCAACUGGAGUUGGCUGUCUGCAGGCACGUUGAGCAGAGAACAUCACAAUGCUGCUGGUUCCAUCUUAGGGCAGGAAGUGGAGAAGUAGUUGACUUCUAAAGCUAUAUAGAUCCCCCUUGGGACCUGGAAACCCUGAAUGCUCACCUUCACCUGGAAAUGAGAGCAUGGGCAGAUGGUUUGGGUGACUUGACAAAGGAUAUGCAGUCAACUGUCUUCUCAAUCGGUGGUACCACUCACUCAGUAGUCAACACAAACAGGCUGUAAAUGCAUACAGCAGUAUAGCCGUUAUGGAGGACAUUCAGGACAACUCUCCGGUGCUGAAGAUGUGCACAAAAAAGACUUUCCUUUCUAUUAAACAGCCCUUUUUUUGAGGUGAUUUACUCUAGAUAGGGCUCAUUACAAACCCAACUGUUUGAAAAUAGUGCACUUAGAUUUUUUAUUUUUGAACUAAAUCUACUAAGUGUUGUCACACAUAGCUUACAGAUAAUCAAGGCCAAAGGUCCAGCACAUAUAGAAUGGCAAUUCUAAGCUAUUAUUAAGAUAAACUCAAAAAUUGAAGAAGGAAUUUGCAAAUACUAAUAUUGGACUAUUAUUAUUAAUUUGGUUCAGCUUUUUUGUGACAACAAAGCUGUAGUUUCUCCAGACUGGCGUCACUACAUAGCAAGUUAAUCAUGCUAAUUUCUUAAAUAAUCCUAUUACAAAGCAUAAUUUGUUUUUCACACGCUUAAAUUGUACAGAUUUUAAGGGAAAAUAUUUUGUGUAUUAUUGUGUGUGUGUAUGUAUCUAAGCUAUGAUUGCAAUAGAAUGUGGAAAUGUC